AUGCCUAUUUGUCGUUUUAAUGCUGAACAUCCAUUGUUUCGUGCUCCAUUACUUUUUAUAUUCAGUAUUAUUAUUAUUUGCUUUUUAAUCUUCACUUUACAUGAUCGUUUUGCACGGGUAAAACAUGGUAUACGUGAAAUAGAUUCUAAACAAUAUCAAUGUUUUUCACCAAUAACCGAUAAUUCAGAUGAAUUUCGUAGUAAAUUACUUCAACCAUUGCUAAUUCCACGAGUAUCAGGUACGCCAGGUGCUGCUCAAGCUAGACAACAUAUUGUCUCUAAAUUACGAUCGACUAAUACGUGGAAUGUUGACUUUGAUACAUUCGAUGCUAUAACACCAGAUGGUGGAGUUGAAUUUACGAAUAUAAUUGCUACACUUGAUCCAACAGCAACGCGUCGUCUUGUUCUUGCUUGUCAUUAUGAUUCGAAAAAAAUUCCAAAUUUUAUUGGUGCAACCGAUAGUGCUGUACCUUGUGCGAUUCUACUUGAUAUAGCACUUAGUCUUCAACAACAAUUAAACGAAUUGAAACGAAAUAAAGGAAAUCCUACUUUACAAUUGAUUUUUUUUGAUGGAGAAGAAGCAGUUAGAGAUUGGACAUCAGCUGAUUCAUUGUAUGGAUCAAGACAUCUAGCGACUAAAAUGCGUAAUACAAAUGUCGACGGACAACAGAAUAUAAAUCAACUUGAUGCAAUAGAUAUGUUUGUAUUACUCGAUUUAAUCGGACAUAAAGAAGUUCAAUUUGCUAAUUUUUAUGAUCGAACUACUGGCAAAUAUUAUAAUAGAUUAAGAAAUAUAGAAACUCAACUUUUACGCUCUUAUAAUAAUAAUGGACAUAAACGAUCAGUAUUCUCAUCUAUGGUACAAGGUGGUCAUAUUGAAGAUGAUCAUAUUCCAUUCUUAAACUACGAUGUUCCAAUUCUUCAUUUAAUCUCCGUGCCAUUUCCUCCGACAUGGCAUCGAGCUGAUGAUAAUGAAGCUAAUCUAGAUUUUCCAUCAAUUACACAUAUUCGAAAUAUAAUGAAAGUAUUCGUUAUUGAAUAUCUUCAUUUAAAACAGCAAAUAUGUUGA